AACUAUAAAUUCAUUGUCUAACUCUAGAGCUACCUUUUAACGGACGUAAACAACACUUAGGACGAAUAAAUUGUGCAGUCAAGAACGCUACUAUGGCGAAGGUUUAUGAAUAUUAAUUACGUCAUAUGACGUUCGCACAGUAGACAACGCUGAUUUGCUGGCAGACGCUACGCUCCAGUUAAGCUGGCGAAUGAACGUCUCGGAUAUUGCAUAAUGAAUGAGCUCACUCACGUGAUUGGACGCGUACCACGCAACUUGUUUAAUAUUCAUGAGACAUGCCUUUGCACUAGUAGGAUUCGUAAUUUGCGAGUGCAGAUGGAUAUAUGCGCACGUGGUGAAUCUGUAAACAGUUUUUGUGUCGUGCUUUUAUUCAGUUUGCGGUUUAAGAAAUAAAAGGAGGAGAGUUGAAUAUUAUUAUGGAUGAAGUAAAUCGAGCGGAUCCUCCGAGCUGGAUCCAGCAGCACGCCGUCUAUCAAGACCUGAUGCAUUUAGAUGUCGGUGACAGUGCUCAAGUAUAUGCUGCCUUCCUGGUGUACAUGGAUCUGACGGAAGUGCGUAAAUGGAAAGAGGUGGUUGGAGUUUCCUGCCCAGAGCUGCAGGCGGUUCUGCUGGAGGGUCGAGAGAAGGAAGGAGAAACAGUCCAGAUGGUCUACCCUCUGCCUUCACACAGAUCCAUCAAACACAGAGAGUAG